UACCUUCUUUGUUGAGUACCACUUUCCUGUGGGAGCCUCCAAGGAUGAGAAAGGACAGGUCUCCAUAACAACAGAAGUAACUCGAAUAGCUUCAAGUAAAAUCACAGAUGAUGUGGUGAAAUUUCAGCAGCGGUUUGUGUUCCCUGUCCGUUUUGGUGGAACGAUGAUAGAGCACUGGUGGAGCUCUAACCUUGUUUUUAAAAUCCACAUGAGAAAAAGCACACAGAAAAAGCCAGUGGCCAUUGGCUCAGCAGCACUUCAGUUACAUGAGAUUAUUCAGUCUGAGCUGCUCGCUGUCAGCUGUGAAAUACCCGUGGAAAAAGAGGAAGGUCAGACACAAGUUGGACCACUAAAGGUAUCCUUAGAGCUUGCGGCUGACAACAAAGACUUCACCCGCACCGCGGCCAGGUCAGCUCUGGCUCUGCAGCCAGUCCCAGCUCACGCUGUCAGAAGUCCCCGGCUGGAAUUCCAUGAGCUCAACAGGAAGAGUAUAAAUGCAGAAAGCCCUCGCUGCUUGAAAUUUAACAACUGUGAGGACUCGCAGAAGGCGGGAGCAGCCGACAGAAAUAUUGCGCUGGGACCACAGGCUGUACCAAUCUCUGUAGUACGUAAUCUGAUGACACAAAUAACUGCUUCGGAAGAGGACGGGUUAUUGCUGCAUGUGCUGUUGAUGGUGCCUGAUGGAAAGGAUUUUGUUGCUGAAGACCAUGGGCUCCGCGGUUCUUGUAACGUGUAUUUAAUCUGCAAGCUGCUCAGCACAGAGGAGGCGACGAGAUCUGCUGUCAUCUGGGGCACAACACAACCUGCCUUUAAUUUUUCUCAGGUGAUGCCUUUUUCAUUGACUUCCAAGCACUUGGAGCGGCUGAAGAACAACGUCAUGAUUAUCGAAGCAUGGAACAAGCUGGGAAGCCCUGGCUCUGACAAACUGCUGGGAUUAGUGAAACUUCCUCUGCAUCAGUUUUACAUCUCAUUCAAAGAUCCAAAGAUUUCCCACCUGCUUCUUCAAGCUCAAUAUCCAGUGGUUGCUGUGGACAGCUACAUGCCUGUGAUCGAUGUUUUUACUGGCAGCAGAUGUGGAAGCCUGAGAGUUAUUCUGGCGAUGGGCUCGGCUGAUCAAAUCGUGGCACUGCAAAGGCUAAAAAAUGAAGAAGGAAUGGUACCUCCCGUCACACAGCGCCCUUCCCACGCUCUGGACCCUCCUCCUGCAAAGCCUGCAAUGCAGUUAGACCAAGAAGGGGAAGACCUGAUGGAGCAUGUGUUUGAAAUCCACGUGGAGGGUGUGAAAGGACUCACUCCCUUACAGUCCACAGUCUGGGGCGAGGCUGACUGCUACGUCCAGUACUAUUUCCCAGUUCAAGAGGCUGGUUGUGGUGCACUGCAAGGAACUGAAUUGCAUGAGGAUGGUAUGAAAUUAAAGCCGUUUCGCACAGCAACCACUUUGUGCGUCCCUGAUCCUGUCUUUAAUGAUGAGCAUCAUCACUCUUUGUUGGUUACUGCUGAUGUCCCAGUCCACACGCUCCUGGUCAGCACGUUCAUGUCACCAGGAGCGGCUGGAGGAGGAAUUCAGUUUGAAGUCUGGUGCAGGUAUUAUUACCCAAAUGUCAGGGACCAGAUGGUUGCCAAAGGGACCUUGCCUUUGUCCCGGCUGUGUGCCAUGGUGACUAUGCAGCAUCGGGAAGAAAUAGGGAUACAGACUUUUAAUCUUCCGUUGGUCCCCAGGACUGAUUCCUCAGAGGAAUUUCAUCUGCGGUCUUCAGGCUUGCUUGCUGUGAGCGUCAGAUACCAACGAUCCGUGAAACCAGCAGCAGGAAGAACUGCUCAAGCUGUUUCUCUUUCUGUACGAAUACACAGAGCAGCUGGCUUGCAAGCAGCAGCUAGAGCUGCGGCACAAAAGAACCCUUCAGUCCAAUAUUACGCAGGUGUGGGAGUUAACGCUUACAUCUCUGUGCACCUCUCCUUCCUACCCGAGGCAGAGAGGCGCAGCACGCGAGCUGUGGCUCAUACCUUCUGCCCAGAGUUCGAGCACCACGUGGCGUUUCCCUGUAACCUUGUCAUUCAGAAAAGUAGCGGAGAAGCUGCUUGUCUGGGGGAGCUCUUGCAGUCUGCCAAAAUCAUCUUCUCUAUCUACCAUCAGAGCACCAAGUCGGCCCCAGAGACAUUGGCAGCUCAGAUAUCAAGAGAUUACCUUCUUGGGACAGUCACAAUUCCAACCAUAGACCUGCUGAGAAGAAGAUCAGGUAUUACAGGCUGGUACCCAGUUACCCUCUCCGAAGAUUUCACACCCUCGCACUGCACAAGCAUCCUGCAGGCUGUUGUGGGAGGACUGGAACUUUCUGUCACCUUUGCUCAGCAGGGUGACAGAGAACGUGUCUUGGAGGCCGCGAAGCUCUUAGGAUGGAGCAGCGAGGAGAGCCAUGAAGACAGCAUGGACGACAGCGACGAAUGCGAGCAGAGCGCCGAUCCAGUGACUGUGACCAUCUCAACGCCAAGAGUUUGGCUGCCUGUCCACUGCGUGCUGCUCGCAGGCCAGACACACCUCAGUAAAAGCACUUUCUGCUACCUCAGGUAUAAGCUAUAUGAUCAGGAAGCCACGUGGACCUCACUUCGGAGGCCAAAAUUGAGUGAGGACGCAAAAAACGUUACAGUGAACUUUAAGAAACCAAAGAAGGUGACUCUUAGAAGGAGCCAAGGACUGCUUUGGUUCUUCAGAGAGGAGAAAUUAGAAAUCCAGGUGUGGUGGGUGUAUGGUAAAGAAGAUGAUGUGGAAAGACCACUCGAUACAGAUCGACUUAUCGGAUCUGCCUAUGUCGACCUCGCAGCGUUAGCGGAGAGAUCGAGGUCAACACUAAGUGUUAGUGGGGUUUAUCCAUUGUUCAGAUGCAACGCUGCAAACCUGGCAGGAGCCGCUGUACGCGUUCACAUCGUCCUUUCUUCCUCUUCUGCUGCUCUGCCCAGCAGACUUCACUGUGCUGGGGAAUACAGCAACAGCGAAGAUGAAGGCACAGAAAAAGCCCCUGAUCUGAGCCAACAGGUCUCUGAAAAUCAGAGUCAGAAACUGGAUAUCGUAAGUUCAGAAAUCACCGAUGGCAAACCCCAAGAAGAAGACACAAUAUUUCUGGAAAACACUGUUGCUGUCAAUAUCCUUGUGGAAAGAGCAAUGCAUCUGAGUUUAAAAGGGAGUCCUUUGACAGAACGUGAAGUAGCAGCACCCAGUAGCUGUGUAUCCUUUGCUGUGGCUGGUGCAGAUGCUCCAAUAACCACUCCGGUCAUAGAAAACACGGACUCACCCGUCUGGGAUUUCCAACAACAAGCCAGAAUAUCCAAAGAGCUUCUGCUGGAUCCACAGCAAACCUUGGUCUUCAAAGUGUGGCAUAAAGCAGAGACCGAACGAGUGCUAGGAUUUGCAUCAGUGGACCUUUCUCCUCUUCUUUCUGGCUUCCAGCUCGUGUGCGGGUGGUACAAUAUUACCGACUUCAGUGGACAGUGCCGAGGGCAGAUCAAAGUAGCAAUUUCCCCUCUUCAAAACAUCAGUAAUCUCAAAGAACAAAGGCAGGCAAGGAUCCGGACCCAGCCAGCAAGUUCUUCCGUGAAGCCCAGCUUUCCAACAUUUCCCAGUAGUGCUCCAAGCUUUUCCAAGCAAAUGUUGAACACCUCAUCAAAGGAAGCCAGUGUUCCUUCUCGAAACAAAAUGAAUCCCCCUGGAACACGCACGCCUCGUCACGAAGAGCAUAUGCAGAACGUGCGCAGAUUUCACGAAUCCCUGCAGCAAGCAGAAGGCAACGCCAACCGGGCGGCAAAGAUGGACACGUUAUCGGUGUCGUCACGCGCUUCUCUUCUCACUGCUCUCAGAAAAAACUUGAGUGAGCUGGAUGAGGUUCAAAGAUACUUCAGCCAGAAGCUGACCAGGUCUUUUCCUGACUUUGGUUACGGUAACACGUCCAAACUGAGUUAUGAGGAGCAGGAGAGUGAUCAUCGGGGCUUGAUGAGGAGAGAAGUGGAUCCCAACGCAAGCCAUCUUUUGGAAAAAUCGAGUCAGUUGGUGUCUCAGGUCAGCAGCUUAAUCACUG